GAACUGUCGUGAAAGCACAUUGACGUAGAAGGAAGUGUGCAGGACGCUAAUAAGUCAGUCUUAUUAUUUGUUCUCCAGUUUAAAAUAUGUAUGUCGUAUAAAAUAUAUAUUGGAUCCUUCAUUUAAGGAUACAAUAUUCUCGGUCCACGAGAAGCUUCUUUGCGCUAGAAGCACUGUGCCGUUUCUCGUGUUAGCUUGUUAGUUAGCUUAGCUCGCUACUUAGCUUAGCUUGUUAGCUGCUAACAGAAGACACAGAAGUUAUCAACACAUCGCUAAGUAGAGAUCAAGUGUGAGAGUAAAGUGUUGUGAUUGUGUGAAAAUGUCUACAUUACAAAUGUUGAGAGCGUUGGUGGAUCAGCGACUAACUGCUGCCGUUGAAGAAAUAUUUGUAGUGUUUGAAAGAACGAUAGCAGAAUACGAGGCGGAACUUUCUAGAACAAAAGAGGAGAACAAUCGACUACUGGACGCUGUUUUCAAGAAAUAUCAAGUUGUGUUACACAGAACAGACGUCCAGCAGCCCCCCCACAUUAAAGAGGAAGAGGAUGAUCCACAGCCCCCCCACAUGAAAGAGGAAGAGGAGGAUGAUGUUAGCAAGUUUCCACUGACUGUUGUCUCUGUGAAGACUGAAGAGCAUGAAGACAAACCACCUGAGUCCUCACAGCUUCAUCACAGUCCAAACGUCUGUGAAGAACAACUUCUGCCUGAAAAACAGGAGAGUAGCUUCAGGAUGGUGAAGGAGGAUCCAUCAAAGAGGAAGACCAGGCACCACGGACCCUCUGGCGUCUCCUUUUCCUCUUUGACACAGACCCUUCCCUGUAAAAAGGAAGAGGAAGACUCACUGACCACCCACAUUAAAGAGGAAGAGGAGGAACACAGCAUCAGUCAGGAGGAAGAGCAUAUUGAAGGACUGGAGGAGUUCCCAGUGACUGGUGUCCCUGUGAAGAGUGAAGAUGAUGAGGUCAAAGGUGAAAGUGAGGAGAAGAGAGAGGCGGAGCCUCCAAGCAGCAGCUCAACACAACACAUGACAACAGAAGCUGAUGGAGACCACUGUGGAGGAUCACAAGCAGACAAGCUCUUAGCUCCACUAUCAGAUAGUGAGGACACAACGUCACACUCUCCUGACACUGAUGAUGAAGACUCUAAAGAUGAUAAGACAUGUCACACUGACAACACCCACUUGAAAUGUUCUCACUGUCACAAAACUUUUAAAAACCAUAGUCUCCUGAAAAGACACAUGAGAACACACACUGGAGAAAAACCUUUUAUCUGUUCAGUCUGUGGUAAAGGUUUUGUACAGAGUCACCAUUUGAAAGCACACAAAAGAAUACACACUGGUGAAAAACCUUUUGUCUGUUCAAUCUGUGGUAAAGGUUUUGUAGAAAGUCAGAGUUUGAAAAGACACACGAGAACACACACUGGUGAAAGACCUUUUAUCUGUUCAAUUUGUGGUAAAGGUUUUGUACAAACUCACAAUUUGAAAGUACACAUGAGAACACACACUGGUGAAAAAUCUUUUUCUUGUUCAAUCUGUAGUAAAAGUUUUGUUCUAAGUAACAAUUUGAAAGUGCACAUGAGAACACACAAUGGUGAAAAACCUUUUUCCUGUUCAAUCUGUAGUAAAGGUUUUGUUCUAAGUAAAAAUUUGAAGGUGCACAUGAGAACACACACUGGUGAAAAACCUUUUAUCUGUUCAAUCUGUGGUAAAGGUUUUGUAGAAAGUGGCAAAUUGAUAGUACACAUGAGAACACACACUGGUGAAAAACCUUAUACUUGUUCAAUCUGUGGUAAAGGUUUUGUACAAAGUAACCAUUUGAAAGAACACAUGACAACACACACUGGUGAAAAACCUUUUUCCUGUUCAAUCUGUGGCUUAUCUUUUAAGAGGAAGGAUCAUUUGAAAAGACACCAGAGAACUACACACACUGGUGAAAAAUCACAUUCCUGUUCAAUCUGCAACAAAAGCUUUUGUGAACGAUCAAACCUUGUAGCACACAUGAGAACACACACUGGUGAAAAACCUUUUCCUUGUUCAAACUGUGGCUUAUCUUUUAAAAGGAAGGCACAUUUGAAAAGACACACUAGAACGCACACUGGUGAAAGAUCACAUUCCUGUUCAAUCUGCAACAGAAGUUUUUGUGAGCGAUCAAAUCUUGUAGCACACAUGAGAACACACCCAGGAGAGAAAGUGUUGAAUUGCAGUGUGUGUGGUGAAAGAUUAUCUUCUAAGUACCAGUGUAAGAAACACAAGUGUGCUGGUGAGAACAGCAGCAGCAAAUGAAACUGCAGGAUUUGAAAUAAACUGUCAAGGCUUUAAUGUUGACUUUCUAACAUCAGCACAUAUAACAUGUGUGACAUUGUUGUUUGUGUAACAAUCUUUUUAACAUGCUUCUAUUUUUAUACACCAUUUUUUUCCAGUCCAUUACAUGCAUUAAUAUGCAACAUUGUGUACUUUUAUAUUGACAUAAACUAUUACAAGAAGAAAAUUGUUACUAAAAAGGUCAGUAAAUCCAAAACAGUACAACACAUGUGAUACAUUCAAAUUACAUUUAGUGUAUAUACAUUUUAUACAAGAUAAUUUCCUUUUAAAAUGUGUGACUGUACGUGUGACAUUGUUGUUUGUGUAACCCUAUUUUAAUAUGCUUCUACAUUUAUAGAUUAGAUAUUUUGUAUUAGUGCUUUUUUCAGUCAAGUACAUGCAAUAAUAUGCAACAUUGUGUACUUUUAUUAAACAUUGAACAGAACAACUUGACUGAAAGGGUGAGAGUAAACAGUACAAGACAUAUUUUACAUACAAUAAACAUUUUAUGUGUAUAUAUAUUCUUCAUACAAUAUUAGACUUAUUCAUAAUAGUGUUUUUUAUAGGUGUUUGAAAUAUUGAAGUGUUACAUAUUAUUUCUACUUGUUAAUGAUCCCAUAGAUUAGCACCUUUAUAUGAUAUACAUAUGUACUGGUUCACAUCUGAAACAUCUUCUGGACCACUUCAGGAAGCAUAUUAUUAUUUAUUUUAUACAUCAUUUGAACAGUUGUCUUUUAUACAAUUUUAAAAUGUGUGACUUUAUGAAUUAUAUGUUGGGUCUCCAUAAUCCGUUUUAUUAAUUAUCUUUAUUACUCUCUUUUGUAAUAUGAUGAUUGUGUUGUGAUUGUUUUAUAUGUAUGUCCCCAGACCUUUAUGCAAUAUAAAAGUGCGAGAAAAUGGCUGAAUUGUUUCUGGAAGGAUGGUUUUGUUUUUACAAACUUACAUUUGUGGAUAAAAUUUUAAAAAAUUCCAUUAUUGUGUUUUAAACAUUUUGUACGUUUUUUUCUUUUUUAACAUCCCCAAAGCUUUAUCAAUUUCAGGAAACAACUGUGGAGUGUUAGGCAAAAGCCGAUAUUGUACAUCAUCCCACAGAGAUUUACUUUGCAUACAUUCAUAAAAUA